CGUGGCGAGCGCGGGUUUCGCCCCCUCGCCAGCGCCGGCCUUGCCGACGAUGCCAGACGAGAGUUCUCCUGGGGAGAAGGCCAUUUACAGCGCGCUACAGAUCAUGAACAGCCAGAUGGCCACACCGAACGGUUUGACAGCCCUGCACGGCACCAUCAAACGCGAAACACAGGAGGCCAUUUCGGUUGCCGUCGAACCGCUGAGAGACGAGAUGCGCGACCUCACCGACACAGUUCAGCGGCCUGAGAUGGGCGGUUGCGACCAGAGGUACCUCAGUUUGAUGAAUAAGGUCGAUGUUGCGCAUCGCCGGGUGGUGUUCAUAGGCUUCGAGGGUCAGCCCGGUCAUUCUUUCAGUGGACCCCGGAAUAGUCGCAAGAUCACCCGCGCGUCCUACUUGGAGUUCCGAACUCCGGAAAAGGCUUCAGCGCUCCUUGAUGAAGCAAGGACCGAGAGCAUGACGACGCCCUCCGGUAAGGCGAUCGCCAUCAAGGCUGCCACCACACACAUCAACUUGACGAAGAAUUUGGCUCUUCGCACGGCCACGGAGGCUAUUGAGAAGGCGCCAGGCGGCGAGAAUGCCCAGGUCGACUUCCAGACGAGGCUGGCCCCGAUCGGCGACGCGACUGCGUCCAAGCAAAGCCCGGGUGACCUGGAGGGCACCUUCAAGGGCAACUUCCCUCACCUUCGCCCCCCCUAG